UAUGCUCAGGCUGGCAAGCUCGCUUGUGUCAGCGCGGGUGUGUGCUCACGCGUGGGUGAAUGCUCGCUGCGAGCACCCGUGCGGAGCCUGCGUGCGCGCCCACGGCUUCCCCGCACUCCCUGGAGGCCCGAGGCUGCCUGCGAGCGCCUCUCCCCAGUCUGCGCAGCGCGCGCCUGCUGUUUCUAUAGGAACCAGCACAGCGCCGGGCCCCUCCGGCUGCGGCCCGCGCGCGAGCAUGCCCAGUGCAAGCCGCUAGUUUGGCUCCGGGUCUAGGUUUCCAGUAAGUGGCAUGCGGGACUCAGGAGAGCUCCCGGGGAGCUGAGCCGAUCGCCUUUGUGUGCAGAGGGAGGUGGCGGCGGCGCGACCCCACCCGGGAAGCCCCGCGGCAGGAACAAUGCUAGCCUGCUUGACCCGCGGGAACUUACUGGACGUCCUGCAAGAGGGCUUCAAUGAGCAACAGCUACAGGCCUACGUGGCCUGGGUGAAUGCCCAGCUGAAGAAGAGGCCAUCUGUGAAGCCUGUGCAGGACCUGCGACAGGAUCUCCGAGAUGGAGUGAUCCUGGCCUAUCUCAUCGAGAUUGUUGCAGGAGAAAAACUGAGUGGAGUGCAGUUGAGUCCCAGUAACCAACAAGAGAUGAAGAGUAAUGUGGAGAGGGUCCUACAGUUUGUGGCUUCCAAAAAGAUUCGUAUGCAUCAGACUUCAGCUAAAGAUAUUGUGGAGGGAAACCUGAAGUCCAUCAUGAGGCUGGUCCUUGCCCUGGCAGCUCAUUUUAAACCUGGCUCUAGCAGGACAGUGAUCCAGGGGCGAGACUCCAAAGGCCCCGUGCAGAGUCAUCAACCACACUGUGCCACCGCUGUGGCCCAAGGAGCAGCUGCUGCUCUGGCUGAUGUGUGCCAUGACAUGUCACGGUCAGGACGGGAUGUCUUCCGAUACAGACAGAGGAAUGCCAGCAUGGAUGAGGAGAUUGAGAAUCCAUACUGGAGUGUGCGGGCACUUGUGCAGCAAUAUGAAGGUCAACGGAAGUCCCCAUCUGAGUCUAGCUGCUCCAGUCUGACUUCGCCCAGCCCAGUCCACAGUGCAAAGAGUGAAUCCAUUAUAACCCAGUCAGAGGAAAAGGCUGAUUUUGAGAUUGUUCCUUCUGAAGGACUAGAGAACAGACCAGAAGAGACAGACUCUCCAUUAUCCCGAGACUGGAGGCCUGGGAGCCCGGGAACCUACCUGGAAGCCACAUGGGAAGAACAGCUGUUGGAGCAGCAAGAACACUUAGAAAAAGAAAUGGAGGAAGCAAAGAAAAUGAUUUCAGGACUACAGGCCUUGCUACUCAAUGGCUCUCUACCAGAGGAUGAACAGGAAAGACCCGUGGCUCUCUGUGAACCAGGAGUUAACCCCGAGGAACAGCUGAUUAUAAUCCGAAGCCGUCUAGAUCAGAGUAUGGAGGAAAAUCAGGACCUUAAGAAAGAACUGCUGAAAUGCAAACAAGAAGCCAGAAACUUACAGGGGAUAAAGGAUGCCUUGCAGCAGAGGUUGACUCAGCAGGACACGUCUGUUCUUCAGCUCAAGCAAGAGCUGCUGAGGGCAAAUAUGGAUAAGGAUGAGUUGCACAACCAGAACGUGGAUCUGCAGAGGAAGCUAGAUGAGAGGAACCGGCUCUUAGGAGAAUAUAAAAAAGAGCUGGGACAGAAGGACCGCCUCUUUCAGCAGCAACAGGCCAAGUUGGAAGAUGUGCUUCGGAAACUCUCAGACGCCAGUUAUCAGCAGGUGGACCUUGAACGGGAGCUAGAGCAUAAAGAUGUCCUUCUGGCUCACUGCAUGAAAGGAGAGGCAGAUGAGGUGACAAAUUACAACAGUCACAGUUCUCAGCGCAACGGCUUUGUCCUUCCAGUGGCAGGGAGAGGCGCCCCUACUGUCACCCACAGAGGGCCACAGACCAGUGACCUCCAGCUUGUGCGAGAUGCUCUCCGCAGCCUGCGCAACAGCUUCAGCGGCCAUGACCCUCAGCAUCACACCAUUGACAGCCUGGAGCAGGGAAUCUCUAGCCUCAUGGAGCGUCUGCAUACCAUAGAGACACAGAAGAAACAAGAAAGGAAGGUUCGGGGGCGGUCACCCAGAAAUCAAGCAAGCAGUGAAUACCGGGCAUCCUGGCCUCCUAAUUCAACGUUGCCUCACUCCCAGAGUUCCCCGGCCGUCAGCAGCACCUGCACUAAGGUGCUCUAUUUCACCGACCGCUCACUCACACCCUUCAUGGUCAAUAUUCCAAAGAGGUUGGGGGAGGUGACACUGAAGGAUUUUAAAGCAGCUAUUGAUCGGGAAGGGAAUCACCGCUACCACUUCAAAGCACUGGAUCCCGAGUUUGGCACUGUCAAAGAAGAGGUUUUCCAUGAUGAUGAUGCCAUCCCUGGAUGGGAAGGGAAAAUUGUAGCCUGGGUGGAAGAAGACCAUAGAGAGAAUUAACGGGACCCUGGACACUUCCUGGCUGCUUCUCUCAGGAAAGAGGACUUAACCCAGAGUACGCUGAGAAGUUUCUAAUCCGUGCUGCCAGAAGGGAGCUUCUUAAAGUAUGAUGGUCACUGGCCAGUCCUGUUCGUGUGCCUGGCAUAUCUGGUACUUCAAGUCUCUGUCCAAAACGUAGAGCACGGGCUCAUCUGGAGCUCCUUGUCCGUGGGAAGUGUUUCAUUCUACUCUGAGGACAUCAAACCGAAGGCCUUAACCACCAGGGAAGGAUGACCCCUCUUUCGGAGGGGCAUGGCUGCUAUGAUCUGGAACCUGGAGGUGGAUGCAUCACUCUGUCGUGUUGGCCUCACAGGCUGCAGCAAUCAGAGUCCCAGCAUUUGUACUUACAGACAAGGCAGAGGUACCAACUUUUCUGCUUCUCUCAGACACUGCAAACUCGGAGUGACUUAGGAGGUGGUACCAAAGACAAAAGCCCAAAUGCAUAACUGACCUGGACAUGAGUGAUGCUGACUUGUUGACUGGGUGGGGAGAGGGUUGCCCAAAUUGUGCUAUACUUCGCCAAAACUGUGAUUAAGACCUCGGGCUGCCUUUUCUGGUUUGAACGGGCUCUGCAGUUUGUCCUUAGCCCACUGAGGGCAUUUUUCACAUACUGUUAGGUUUUCUCUGGGGACUCUUUAACUUUAGAGCCAUUUAUUUUUCUCCAAACAGAUAAACUUUGUGUUUGAAAAGAAUGAGAGAAUCGAGAAGCUCCUUAAGAAUUCAGGAGGAUACAGAAAGGUGCUGCCACCCACACCCCUUGACUCGAACUCAUGGUAUCGCCUUUACAAGAAGACAGACCGUUAAUUUGUGUUUGUGGUUUGAGUACUGAGCACGACUUACUGGUCUGCUUCUCACUUCAAGGCCAGAGUUAUUUUCUAUUACAUAGUUAGCUUGGGCAUGUCCCUUAGGGGACAGCGAACCCACUGGGCAUGGAGCGUGAGUGAGUUGUGAAUGGCAGGGUUGACUCAAGGUGAAGUUAUUUCGUAUUGUAACACUGUCAAGUAUAGAAGUUAAAGAGUUCGACUUCCAGAGGUUACUCACUAACUGGGUUUUCUCAUUCACUCACCUAGCACCGUCCGCCAGUCAGCCAUGGUUAUCUGUUUAUACAGUCCCUCAAAGCAGUCUGCAACCACACUGUACACUGCCAAACAGAAGAGUGGGCCAGAUGGCUCAGUUCUAGGACCCUCCUGUCUCUGUGUCUCCCAUUUUCAGCCAUUUGAACAGAAUACUCUUUGGAAUGCUGAGAUAAGGUCUUCUUGUUUUAUAUAGACAUAUCUUUUAAAAAUAGUCCAUGUUCAAGAAUUGUUUUGUACUCAUUUGCUUUUGUCUGAGAACCAUGUCUAUUUUUAUAACUGAGUGACUUCUGUGUAAUCUCACGUUCCCUACACUCUAUCCAUUUUCUACAACACCCAGUAGCUUUUCUACCGUGUCUUCCUACUGCCUCUUGUGGUUUCAGAACAAGCUUUAUUUUGUUACGAGUAUACUAAUGGCAGUUAGUUCUGUCCAAUUCUCCCUGCUUUUAGUGGUGGAGAUCUUUUUUAUUUUAUUUUUUCUAGUUGAUUGCUCUUCUAAAAGACAUGAGAUCAAAAGACCUGAUGUCUUCCAUGCACGCUACCCUGGUCUUCUAUUGAAGAACAGUUUUUCAUCAGCUGUAACUAAGAAAGUUCAGGAAAGCCAUAAGCAAGAACAACUCAUUGUGAAAGCCAACAGAAGAAAAAUGUUAUUUCCAUUUUUUUUUUAUCCAAAUCGACUGAAGGGAUUAAAAAGUCCAUGUAUCACCAAUUUUUCUGUUGCAUGUACUUUAAUGUUUAAAUAUUUGACAGCAUGAAAGUGAUCAGGCUAAACUUCAAUACUGUAGUCCAUAUUACAAUUUACCUUGAAUGUCUGCCUCUUAAAUAAGACUUUCCUUGUCCGUUUUCUUUCAGCAGCCUUAACGUUAUGUGAAAUUAACUUUCAGCAAAAAUUAAACCAGAAAAAAAUUUCAAGUCCUCUACAUCAGUUUUUUUUUUUUUUAGGUUUUUUUUUUUUUUUUUUUCUCAUUUUUGGAAAAGGACCCACAUGGCCUCAGUGCCUACAUAAAAAGCAGAAGUUGAAUGCUAGGGAGAAUGGGGUUCAUUAUUCUCAUGUCCCAUAAGUAAAAUGGCAAAGCAUCUCUGCUGGAGGAUGUAUUUCAUUAAUUCCUGUACAUGAUGGGUCAGGGAUCCUCAUUCCCGUCCAUAAUUCUGGAGUCUUCAGAGCAGGAACAAGCAUAAAUUCCUUCUCUUUUGAAUAAUCUCCUAUUUGGCAAACCCAAGGACAGCAGCUCUCUACCUGUAGGUUGUGACUCCUUUCCCAGGGGCUGCCUAAGACCACUGGAAAACACAAAUAUUUACAUUAUGAUUUACAACAGUAGCAAAAUUAGUUUUAUGGUUGGGGGAUCACAACAUGAACUGUAUUAAAGGGUCACAGCGCUAGGAAGGUUGAGAGCCACUGCUCUUUGGAGAACUUGUGGCUUGAAACUGUUGUUUCCUAGUGAUAGUGGCAUGGGCUAGUCCAUCUUGCCACUGCUGACAUCCUCUUUCCUUGGGAAAAACUAGUGGUUCAACCCUUUAAUUCCAGCACUGGGGAGGCAGAGGCACGGGGAUCUCUUUGAGUUUAAGGCUAGCCUGGUCUACUUAGUAAGUUCCAUGACAGCCAGAACUACAUAGUGAGACUCUGCCUUGAAAACAACAACAACAAAACACAAAACCAAAAUGAAAGCCAAAACAAAUGUACUCGUGUGCAGAAAUGUAUCUCCACAGACACCUAUAUACACAUGCGUAAAAAUAAUAAAAGUAAAUCUUAAAAUGCUAAUUUAGUUAUUUAAAAACUGAAGAGUGCCAUCUUCUUGCUCAGUUCCCUAAAGCAGCUGGAGCACUUCCCAGUCUGCACCCAGAGCUUCUGCCUGUAAUUCCAGCAUUUGGGAGGCCAAGGCAGGAGUGCCAGGUUACUGCAGGUCUGGCCUGUACUGAGGUCUGUGUCUGGAUUAAACACAUCCAAGGAGUUUUCAGUUCUUUUGACCGAGAUGA